UGACGUAGGCAUCACGUGACAGGGCCGCCCCUGCCGCCGCCGCCGCUUUGUAAGAGGCACAUUGGCAGGUAACGAGCGGCGGCGGCGGCGGUGGCGGCGGCAGCAGCAGGAGCAGCAGCAACAGCGUCUCCCGAGUCCCGCGAGAGCAGCAGCGAUUUUGUAUUUUGUACAUACAUUAUUUUGUAUAUACUGUGUAUGAUGACUUCAGUGAGCAAUGAUCGUUGCCGAGGUGCUCGGGAAAAACCACAGAUUCCAACAAUACACGCAACACAAGCACAGAAACAAGUUGUACAGCUGUACAGACCUCUUGACACUUCUAGAGCUCAGCCUGGCAACAGCUGAACAGAUGCGUCUAGCUCAAGUAAUCUUUGAUAAGAAUGAUUCAGAUUUUGAAGCUAAAGUUAAGCAGCUUAUGGAAGUGACGGGAAAAAAUCAGGAUGAAUGUAUAGUGGCUCUACAUGACUGUAAUGGCGAUGUGAACAAAGCUAUCAAUAUACUGCUGGAAGGAAAUUCUGACACGACUUCCUGGGAGACUGUAGGGGGAAAGAAAAAGAAUUUUGGAAAAGAAAGCUCAGAAAACAAAGAGAAUAGAGAGAAGAGAAGCGAGAGAGAGGCAGUUCGUGGACGUGGAAACAACCACCGCAAAGGAAGAGGUGGCAGUAGAGGCAGAGAGUUUAAAGGUGAAGAGAAUGGAAUUGAUUGUAACCAAGGAGACAAGCCUUCAGACCGAGGCAAGCGAGCCCGUGGUAGAGGAUUUGGACGUGGCAGAGGUCGAGGGACAGGAAGGUUCUCAUCUCAAAGCAUGGGGACAUUUAAUCCUGCAGACUAUUCAGAGUCUACAUCUACAGAUGGCUGUGGGACAAAGCUGGUAGUUUGGGAAGCUGCUCAAAAUGGAACAGAUGAAGGUCCUGAAUCGACAACAAGGAGUCACAAUAUAUCUCAGGACCUGCUAAAUAAAAACUCUUACGGGCUCAAAGGUGCCUGGAAGAAUUCUGUGGAGGAGUGGACAACAGAAGACUGGACUGAAGAUCUAUCUGAAACAAAAGUCUUCACUGCUUCAUCUGCUCCGGCAGAGAAUCAUAUCACCCCUGGGCAAAGCAUUGAUCUGGUGGCCUUGCUUCAGAAGCCUGUUCCUCCCAAUCAAGCCUCAGAAAUCAGGUCCUUUGAAACAUCCCAGCAGCAGGGUUUUGGCCAAGCCCUUGUCUUCACAAAUUCUCAACACAACAAUCAAAUAGUACCAGGGACUGGCAGCUCUACCUCUGCCAACUCCUAUUCUCCUCAGAGUCUGUCAUCUGUCCUUGGCUCAGGAUUUGGAGAGCUUGCACCAUCAAAAAUGGUGAAUAUCAGCAGCUCCCAAAUUUUGGAAAAGUUGAAAGCCCCAGGUUUGAGCCAGUUUACUACCACUUCAAGUUCCCAGCAGAACAGUACAAGUCCCCCAGCUACCACUGAUUCUUGGGACCUCAAGCCCACAGCAUCCCAGUCCUCAGUCCUCAAUCAUUUUGAUUUCAAAUCUCAGCCUGAGCCUUCUCCAGUUCUUAGCCAGUUGAGCCAGCGACAGCAGCACCAGACCCAGGCAGUCAGUGCUGCUCCUGGUUUGGAGCCCUUUCCUUCCCAGGCAAAACACCGAGAGUCAGCACCUGUAGAUGGUCCCACUACUGUGAAGAAACUUCUGCAGCUUCCUAAUAUUGCUGUUGAAAAUAUUGUAUCUGCUCACCAACCGCAGCCCAAACACAUCAAACUCCCCAAGCGUCGGAUACCUCAAGCCUCUAAGAUUCCUGCUUCGGCAGUGGAAAUGCCUGGUUCAGCAGAUGUCAUAGGAUUAAAUGUUCAGUUUGGGGCUCUGGAAUUUGGAUCAGAACCAUCUCUGUCUGAGUUUGGAUCCACUUCAGCCAGUGAAAAUAGUAACCAGAUUCCUAUCAGCUUGUAUCCGAAGUCUUUAAGUGAGCCUUUGAAUACCUCUUUACCAAUGACCAGUGCUGUACAGAACUCCACCUACACAACUUCAGUAGUUACCUCCUCCAGUCUAACUAGCUCGUCCUUGAGCUCUAAUAGUCCAGUAACAACGUCUUCCUCUUACGACCAGAGUUCUUUGCAUACCAGGGUCGCAUACCAAAGCUCUGUGAGUUCACCAGAUUCAGCUCCAGGCACUGUCCCUAAUGGACAUGGUGGUGGUCGAAGUCAACACACAUUAGACACUGCUUCAUCUGUUCCAGCUCCAAAGACAGCAGACCCUCCUUCUGCCCUCCCAUCAGUGGGCUCCUUGACCAGCACCACCUGCUGCACAGUGCUUCUGCCCUCUGUAUCCCAGCACACUGCCACUUUGCCCUCCUUGUCCCAGCCUGGUGAUCUGACCAGUAGCUCCCUUUCUCAGCUUAGCAGUUCUCUCUCCAGCCACCAGAACAGCCUCUCCUCUGCACAUGCAGCACGCUCCUCGAGCACGCCACACACCCAUGCCCCUGUGGAGAGCACCUCUUCAUCUACCACCUUCUCAACAGCAGCAUCCUCUGCCCCGAGUGUCCCAUCCUCAGGGGUCAUCCUGCCUGGGAGCAUGAGCACCGUGAGCAACCUCUGCCUGGGUGGAACCACUGUGAGCGUACCCAGCAACAGUACCAGGGCCACACCCUUGGUGACCUCAGGCAAAGCACCCCCAAACCUCCCUCAAGGGGUGCCCCCCCUGCUGCACAACCAGUACCUCGUGGGCCCUGGCGGUCUGCUUCCUGCUUACCCGAUCUACGGUUAUGACGAGCUUCAGAUGCUGCAGUCACGGCUACCAGUGGAUUACUACGGAAUUCCUUUUGCAGCACCCACAGCCCUUGCCAGCCGAGAUGGGACCCUAGCUAAUAAUCCAUAUUCAGGUGACAUCACAAAGUUUGGCCGAGGAGACUCUGCAUCCCCUGCACCUCCCAGCACACCAGCUCAGGCACAGCAGAGCCAAUCCCAGACCCACCAUACAGCCCAGCAGCCCUUUUUGAAUCCUGCUCUGCCACCUGGCUACAGCUACACCGGCCUCCCCUACUACACAGGUGUACCCAGUGCCUUCCAGUAUGGGCCUACUAUGUUUGUCCCUCCAGCUUCAGCCAAGCAGCAUGGUGUGAACCUCAGCACCCCUCCAGCCCCUUUUCAGCAGGCCAGUGGUUAUGGCCAGCACAGCUACAGCACAGGUUAUGAUGACUUGACCCAGGGGACGGCGGCAGGAGAUUAUACGAAGGGUGGCUAUGGUGGAUCAUCACAGGCACCAAACAAGUCAGCUGGCUCUGGGCCUGGCAAAGGAGUAUCAGUGUCUUCAGGCACCACUGGCCUACCUGAUAUGACAGGUUCUGUCUACAACAAGACACAGAGUUUUGAUAAGCAGGGAUUUCAUGCAGGGACCCCUCCACCUUUCAGCUUGCCUUCUGCCUUGGGCUCCACUGGGCCCCUGGCCCCUGGCCCAGCCCCUGGCUAUGCACCCCCACCGUUUCUCCACAUUCUGCCGACUCACCAGCAGCCCCACUCACAGCUGCUACAUCACCACCUUCCACAAGAUACCCCGAGUGGCUCUGGUCAGCGCAGCCAGCCCAGCUCCCUGCAGCCCAAGUCUCAAGCCUCCAAACCCAACUAUGGCAACGCUCCAUACUGGACAAACUAGACCCCAGAAAGUGGGUGGGCUCCUGGGCAGGAGAGAAUGCAUGGAGCACAUUUCUGGGAACCCGGUGCCCUUUCCUAGAAUUCUGAGACGCAUGCCUGUGUCAGCUGAGCCCCUGUGGGAAGCCUGCCUCCCAGACUCACUAUUGUAUGUAAUGUAUUUAUGUAUUUGUAAACGUGAUAGAAGCCUUGGGGAGUUGGGGUGUGGCUACAGGUGGAAUGCAAGUGUGUUCUCCCUCUCUGGACACCUCACAGUAGCCAAGCAAGCCCUUGCCCACACCCCUUUCUGCCUUCAGGCCUUCCAUGUGGCCCCUUGCUCAGUGGGCUCCUAGGUGUACCACUGACUAGUUGCGGCUGGGGUACCAAUGAAGAAUCACAACUUAUCUUACUUCCUCGUGAACCAUUGUUUCUUCCCUCUGUAAUUACUUCAUACUUGUUUUUAGGUAACGCAUCCUUUUGUCAUUGUCUCCCUUCCACCAAAUGGAUUUCAAUCUGGGAACAGCAGACAUGAUCCCUGCCCAACAUCAACCUGGUGCCUGUCUGCCUGCACACACAGCAGGGGCUUCCCCUAGAGACUUGCCUUUUUCUGGCCAACAAUUUUAAAAAAGAAUCUAAACUGGGUCUCAGAGAUGUUCAGCCAAGUCAGCACCCCUUGUUUAAUACAGAAAUGGUGAAAGCCUAUCUCCAAGCAAAGGCUCUUCCACGCCAGUUGUCCUGAAGCAGGUGGGCAACUGAUUCAGGGUUUUCUUUUGCCUAAACUCCACCUAAUAAAGUUCUGAGAGCAUGCA